AACUUUAAAAAUAAUAAGGUUUGCCCCUAAACAGUAUCGGAGAAAAAUGUUAAGAAGAUCUGGAAAGGACGCUGUGUUCCUUGGAGCACGUUUACAUUUUGGUUUUAACCACUUGGAAAAGCUGUCAGCUGUUCAACUUUUUCAAGUAGCCUUACCAAAGCGAAAUUAUAUAGCUGCUACUACUAGCCAUCUCCCCAUCAACUGGUCAAAGGAAUAUAAUUUUACAACUCACAACCAGGAUUUUAAGACCUAUGGAGGAUACUCAAGGCGGCAGAGCUAUAGUACCGAAUCGGCUUCCACAGAGACCGCAACGACUGUAAAAGUGAGUAAAAGGGAGCAACUCAAGCAGGCAUUCAAGGAAUAUGGAGCUACCAUUGUUGCGUUUCAUGUGGGCAUUUCGGUGAUUUCGCUGGGAUGUUUCUAUGCACUUGUUUCGAGUGGAAUAAAUCUGGUGCCAAUUCUGGAAUUCCUUGGAAUAGGAUCAUCUGUGAUUGUGGAGAAAUUGGCCACAGGAAGCACUUUUGUUGUGGCCUUUGCCGUUCACAAGGUUUUUGCGCCCGCCAGGAUCAGCAUCACCUUGGGAACCACACCAUUUAUUGUGCGCUAUUUGCGGUCCAAAGGACUUCUAAGGGCAAAAACAAAAAGCACAUAGUGCCUUUUGCUAUCAAAAUAAUACUUCCUGCAUUUCCUCAUUUAAUGAGUUUACUAAUUAUUAAAUAAAAAUUCGAAAAGUA